GUCAUGUCCUGUGAGUGUGGACCAAUGGCGGCACAGGAAGCGACCACAGACAGCGUUGUUCCCGUGUAAUGAAUGCGCUCUCAUUCAUAUUUUCUCUCAGGAGGGAGAUUUUUGUUGGAUGUGCAUUUACUUGUUGCAGGGAUAAUCGCUAUCCCGCAACUGGGAUAGUAAGGACUCGAGUCCGACGCAGAAACAGCGGUUAAGCGUCGUUAUGUAUCGCGGUUCUAGGCCGCACAGAGGCGGCUAUCAUCCUCCGCCGUCUCGAGGUUUUGGGCCUCGUCCUGGACCAGGCCAUCCUUCCGACCGGGGUCCCCAUGCACCUCCGGACCCGUACCGCCGCCCGUCCCCGCGGAGGAGAUACUCACCUGGAGCAAGAGAUCCGCCUGAUGAAUACAGAGGAGGGAGACCACAAAGAGGAUAUGGGAGGUACAGUCCAUCACCUCCUCGUGGUGGCCUCCCUGUUGAUCACAGUCUGGUCAUAACUGUGGGCAAUGAGCUGACCCAUCCAUCAGGCUAUAAAGGGACAGAUACUCCCUAUGUCCGAGAUUAUGGUGCUGGAGAUUCACACUAUAAUAAGCCCUAUUACUCUCCACGGAGGUCAAGCCAUGAUGGACACAGUGAUAGGGGUUCGAGGAGGCGCAGCGUUAGUCGUGGCAGGAGCAGGGGGCGGAGUCGCAGUCCUGGCUAUGCACGCAGCAAAAGUCGACCACGCAGCAGGAGUCGGAGCUACAGUCGCGGCAGGAGUCCCGAACGAGCAAAGAGCCGAGCACGCAGCAAGAGCCGAGCACGUAGCAAGAGCAGAACCCGUGGGAGGAGCUACAGUAGAAGUAGAAGUCGAAGCAGAAGCGGAAGUCGUAGUCGCAAACAGAGUAGGGCCAGGAGCAGGGCAAGGAGCAAGAGCCGGCCACGGAGCCGCAGCCGAGAAAGGAGUCGAAGCAGGGGGAGAAGCAGAGGAAGGAGUCGUGCUAGGAGCCGCAGUGUCAGUCGUAGUGGUAGCAGUAGUAGCAGCGGCUCCAGUAGGAGUCGACACGGCAGUGUCAACAGGAGAGUCAAACCAGGUAAUUUUAGGGAGCGGGAGGAAGACUUUACUGAGCUUGAGAAGGCUCGGCGACGCAAGGAAAUUCAGGAUAUGCUUGUGAAGCCAGCAAAGUCAAUUUUGAAGAAAAGAAUGGAUUCCUCCGAGACUGAUUCUCCCCUGCUAGUGCAGAAUAGUGAUUCCCCUCGAAAUCAAGACGGUGGUCUUUCACAUGAGGCAGAACAGCUUCUCUGUGCACUUUCCAAAACCAUGGAUCCAGACAUGUUUUCAUCCAUACUAGGGAAAAGCUCUGAUGGUAAUGUUCUCGAAGAGCUGAUUGGCAAGCUCCAGACAGCCAGAGAGGGUGGAAGUGACUUGCACCUCCCUCACGAGAGAGGACGACAUGAGAGGUCAGACCUCACAGAGUUGAUUGGAAUGAUAGCACAGGUACCUCAGAAUGUGAAAAAGAAUCUUACAGAUAUUGAAGAUGAAGAGAAAUUUCUCUAUGGAGAUGAAGAGGGUGAUGAAGUGACACCUGCUAAGGAGGUUCCAACAGAUUCCAGCUUUCCAGACACAAGUUUCCCACAGUCUUGUGAUAUUCAGAGAAGAGAACAUGGCACUGCACCAUACUCUUUUGGCCAUACUGCAGAAAAUGUCACAAGCCAUUCACAGAGAGAUAGCAGGCAGACAGACAGGCAUCGUUCCUCGGCCACACCUGAGGUACAUGCCAAGGAAGAACCUGAUGACUUCCUACCUGGAGUUGGGCCACAGGAUGUCGAGGUGAGGAAGGAGGUAGAGGAAUAUGAAAAGAUACAAGAUUUGCUGAAAACAAUUGGCCUAGACUUGGGUGUGGCUGAAAUAAGCAAGAUGGCCGCUAGGACGCAAGAGCGCCUCCAUGGUAACGCCCCUGCGAAGAAGACGCCUGCUUGUCGGCAGUCCGAUAGAAAGCACCGGAGUCACAGCAGGAGUUACAGCAGCAGUAGUAGCAGCAGGAGCUCCAGUCGGAGCCGGAGUAGCAGCCGAAGUAGAAGCAGAGGAAGUCGAAGCCGAAGUACGAGUUUCGAUCGCACUUCAAGACAUGGCAAGAAAAAGCAAUCCUCCCCAGAAAAAAGAUCUCCACACUCACAAAGUCAGAACAAGAAAGAGGCUCAACCUGGUAUCACAGAAAGCAGGUGGCCUACGACACCCACUGUGGGUCCUGGGACACAGACAUAUCCUUCCCAAACCAGCCUCUCGGCACAUCCCGUGCCCCCGUACCCACCCCCACGUGGAGUAAUGCCACCUGACUUCCCUCCAUGCGGUUACGAUCCAUAUGGCAAUUAUGUACCAUAUAUGCCCCCGGGAUGGCCGAUGUACCCACCUCCAGGUAUGCAAGUACCUCCUCCCAAUCCAAUGGAUCCCUACAGCCUACCUAACUUUGAGCGACCCUUUCUUAAUGCAGUUAAAACUGUGGCAAGUGAGAGCAAAGCCGACGCUAAAAAAGCACCUUCUAAAUUGGAUGCUGUGGCCUCUAAAGCGAUCAUCACUGGCAUUCAAAGGAAAGAAAUGGAAGAUAAGAAUACCGCCAGCGAAAAACAAAAGGUCACAGAAGAGCUUGAAAAGCUAAAAAAGGAAAAAGUAAUGCGAAUGAAGAGAAAAGAAAAUCUUUUAAAGGAUGUGGAGACAUUGAGAAAGCAGCAAGGGGAGCUUCUUCGAAAGAAGCGAAGGGAGAAGGAUGGACACAAGGACCCUCUCCUCAUAGAGCUCGGUCAGCUCCAAGAGGACGCAAUGGCCCAAAUCUCUAAAUUGCGUGCUGAACAGAGAGAGGCAGAUCAAAAACAUGAAGAGCUGGUCAAAGUGGCACUUAUUCUCGGUAUAGACUACAAAGACUCGAAGAUGUCUGGUGACCAUGAGCAGCAGCCCCCUCAGAGUAAGAGGGAGUCAACCAGAAGCCCAGAGAAAUCAGGGGCCAAAACCAGCACCUCAUACACUAAGGUAGCCUCCUCAAAAUCCAGAGCCUCUCCUGAAAAAACCAAGUCAUCUCCUCCGUUGAACAGCCAUUCCCUGGACACUGCUGCUGAGCAGUUUGAGUACUACGAUGCAGGAAACCACUGGUGUAAAAACUGCAAUGUUACCAGUGGUUCAAUGUUUGAUUAUUUCAUGCAUUUGCACAGCAAAACCCAUAGAAAGACUCUAGACCCUUAUGACAGACCUUGGGCAAAGUCAGAGAGUGAAAAGAAACAACCAUCUGGAAAGAGGACUUCAAAGCCAGCCAAAGGCUCUGAGUUCUUGAUCCCUGUGAGGGGAUUCUUCUGCCAGUUAUGUGAAGAGUUUUUUGGUGAUCCCAUUUGUGCUGAGGCCCAUGUCACCUGCCAUUCUCACAAUGAGAGAUACAAGACAAAAAUGUAUGAAAAUCCCCUCUAUGAACAAAGGAGGAACCUGGACCGUCAGGCUGGCUUAGAGAGCCAAAAGACUUCAGAGCACAAACGAAAACGUGAAGAUGAUGAUCAGGAUAUGAAGAAAUCCAAACACAGCAAAGGAGGAAAAAUGUCAAGUAAUGAAGUGGAGACAAAACCACAGUACAGCAAGGAAGAGGAGUACAAGAAUAUCAAAGAGAAUGAAAAUAAACUCAAGGAGAAAUACAAGAAAGAGGAUAUAGAUAAACUGAAAUACAAGGAGGAUGAUGAGAGAUUCAAAAUGAAAGAGGAAGAGAGAGCUAGGUAUAAAAAAGAUGAUGAUGAGCGAAACCGGUUCAAGAAAGAAGAGGAAUACACACACAGGUACAGGAAGGAAGAAGGAGAGAGAUCCAGGUAUGAAGAAGACAGGUUUAGAAACAGAGAUGAUGAUGAACAUUAUCGAUAUAGAGAAGAGGACGACAGAUAUAGAUUUAGAAAGGAUGACGACAGGGGCCGAUAUAGUAGAGAGGAGGAUAAGAAAUACAAAUACAGUCGGGAGGCGGAGGAGAAGUCAUCAAAAUUUAAAGAUGAGGACUGGGGGAAGUGGCCGAAAUCAAAAUGGGAUGAGGACCAAGAAAGUAAUGGCAAAUAUGAAAAAAAGGAAGAUAAAACACCGCACCAGAAGGGCAAGGCUGGUUAUUUCAAAGAUGACGAGGAGAGCACAGGGAAGUUCAAUGCUAAAGAUGUCAAAGCAGAGCCAAAGAAAGCCAGUGAGCUUCCUAAAGUCUUAUGUGGCCCAAGCCCUGCAUUGCUUGCUAAACUUCGCAAAAAGAACGAUGAAGCUUCUGGUCGGCCUGGCUUUGGGAAGUUCGGUCGAAAAAAGCCACAGAAGACAGCACUGGAGAAGGAGGCAGAGAAGAUGGCAGCACAAUUCCUAAAGGAAGACGAAGAGAUGCCUACUGAAAUAGAAGAAAACAAGGAUGCUGACCUAGAUCCUUUUUCCAAGUCUAUAGCUGCUGCAAAAUCCAUUGCUAUCAAAUUGUCAGGAAAGGUUGUGCUUCCUCCCUCUUGUGAAUGGCUAGCAUACAAUGAAAAUAAAAUUAAUCCUAAUUUACCACCUCCCCCAUCUCCUAUGGUCAUUAGGAAGUCUUUUACUGGUGUGCAAAAUAAACCAACACCACCUGCUGUUAGUGACAAAUCUGCUGUACCUGUACCAGGAACUCAGAAGGGCCCAGCGUUGUCAGCAGACCUCAUAUCCAAGGCAUUUAGUGGAGAAGAGGUGCAAUUAAAACACACAAAGCCCUCCGCAAGCCCUGUAGAUAUCUUCAAUGUAUCCGUACCACUUCCAACUCCCGUUGCAGCACCACAAGUGGUAAAUGCUGCCCAGAUGAAACCUGUUACUCCCAGUGAAUGUGUUGUUACUCUCGAGUCCGAUGUGGCUGCUCCCGGAGUGCCUGAGGAGGAGCAAAAGCUCACUGUAAUCCUUCGUCGUCCUCCUCAGUUUCCUUCUAAUGCCAGAGACCCAUCCCCCAAAAUGGUAAAGCCAAAGGCCACUCUUGCCGCAGGAAAAGCAAAAGAUUUGUAUGACAUUUUUUACAGUAGCAGUGCUGCUGUUAAAAGCUCUGUCAGUGCCAGUGUUUGUGACAAACAAGACUCUGGAUUUACACCUCCAGUCAGUGACUCAAGCUGUAAAGAGUCCAAAAAAGACAAAGGCACUAGUGAUGUUGCCCGGAGCAAAGAACCCUUUAAGAACGAGCACCCAGAAGUUGCCCUGAAAGUGGAACCCCCCAAGUACAUGGAUUCAACUGCUGAGAGAGAAGAACGCUCCAAGAAUGAGGACUUGGAAGUUGCCCAGAGCGAACAAUCCCCCAACAGUUCCUCAAGAGUUGCCCAGAUUGAAGAACCCCUCAAGUACAAGGGCUCAGAAGUUGCCCAGAGCGAAGAACCCCCCAACAGAUCCUCAAGAGUUACCCAGAGCAAAGAACCCUCAGAGAAUGAGGACUCAGAAGUUGCCCAGAGCGAAGAACCCCCCAAGAGUGAGGACUCAGAAGUUGCACAGAGUGAAGAAUCCCCCAACAGGUCCUCAAGAGUUGCCCAGAGCGAAGAACCCUCAGAGAAUGAGGACUCAGAAGUUGCCCAGAGCGAAGAACCCCCCAAAAAUGAGGACUCAGAAGUUGCCCAGAGCGAAGAACCCCCCAACAGGUUCUCAAGAGUUGCUCAGAGUGAAGUAUCUCCCAAAAACGAAGACUCGAAGGUUGCACAGUGCGAAGAAUCUUCCAUGAACAUGGAUUCAAAAUUUGAACAAGCAUUUGAGGAUGCAAUCUUAAACCCUGACAUUCAAAAUGAGGACAACACAAAAGAGGAAGGUCUUGAUGAUCAACAAGUUCUUAAAUCUAUUGAAAUCUCUUUGGGGGAUGUAACUGUGAUGGAAGUUAAUAGUGUGGACACAAUACAGACAAAUAAUGAAGAGGAAAACCCUCUGGAAUCUGAGGAACCCAUGACAUUCUCCCCCCUUCCUGGUUCUUUUACUGAGCAACUGAACUUGGACACAUUUGAAUUCAGUUUUGAGCCUUUGUAAAGGACCUUCCAAGAGUAGGUUUAGGGAUGUAUAUGUUACCUCUGAAUGUAAAUAAGUGAUUUUCAAGUAUUCUUUGUAAUUGCUUGAUCCAGUUAGAAUGUUUCAUGUCUAUUCUUAACCUUUUGGCAGGUAAUGCCAGUGAAAGCGUGGACUGAAAAGCAUUCAUUCUGAAGUGGGUGCUGGGGAAGGAAUCCCUCUGAGAAUGAAAACUUUCAACAAGUAAUGAAACCUAUAUAUGUGUAAUAGUUUCGCUAUCUUGUCAAAAGCACCUGGUGUUGAGCUACUUGUUUCCGUGUUUUGUUUCCAGCAGAAAUCAUUCCUUUUUCCCCAAAGGUAAUGUAAAACAUAAUGAAUAUGAUGUGUAUUAAACAUCUCAUCUCUAAAUCCAUUUCCUCUGUUCGUUCCAUUUAAAUCAAUGAAGAUAUUUUAAUACAGGAGCCACAAAGAUCCAGGCUCAGAGAAGAGAAUUGAUGUGGAGUUCAUGCUUCAAGGACAUGCAUUCACAGCUUUGGCCAGAAAAUUUCAAGCUUGGCCUCAAUAGUUUUUAUUACCAUGUGCUGUGUAUCAAUGGCUUUUCUUUCCAGUUUCAGUUUUUUUAAAGAACAAAUGUUGUGUUAUUAUAAUGUUCACAUUACUUCCAUGCUACUUUAGCAUCUACAAAUAGUUGGUGUAAUUGCACAAGUUCUGUGCUAGCUCAAAUAAAUCACAGCAACCCUC